AUUUCUUAUCUCAUCUGCGAUUUCUCCACAUUUGCAAGCUUUGCCAUCCGCCACGGAUGCUUUACAGCCGUGGAACGCUCUGGCCUGUGAGUCCUUCUUAACCAAGUACACGCGUAAUGCGAGCUUGGAGCAUCGAUUUGUAGCAUUUCAGUUAAACAUGCCACCCACAAAUAUCUCUCGACGGAUCCCUGAUAAUGUUUCUGGGAAAGAUUAUAAUCGUGGGUUUUUAUUUAUUUAUUUAUUUAUUUUUUAGGAUUAUGCUGAUGUCUGAAUUAACCUGUGUAGGAAGCACAACUCUCCAUAUGUUAGAGUCGCAAAAUUUGCAGAUGAAUUGCACUUAGUGAGGUAUGGCCAGUGUGGAGCCAGAGUUGGCAAGGACAUGAAUGCUGUUUCGUUCUGGGAGAGCUUCAGUGGUUGAGUGCGAAGGCGUGUUCGGAGCUGAAAGCUGUGGCAGCUACGUUUUCGGCGAUUGGGAGCCAAUUAGAGUUGAGUUGAAUGAUUUUUAGUCGUAAAUUCAUUUUUUGUACUUUAUUGAGCAAUGCGGGCUAUAGUAUACGCGCAUAUAGGAUUUCCUGGUUCGAAUUGAAGGCUUGAUUCAGCCAUGGCUUUCGUGGCGGAGGCAGGGCACGGUCGGCUGUCGCUGACUGGGGUUCAUUACUCUAACACCAGGUGUAACACGGAUCUCAACAUACAGUCGUGUGCAGUCAAAGGUCGAUUUGGCAUCGAAAUUUCACAGCAUAUAAUGAGGCACCUAAACAAUGUAUCUGUACCAAGAGAUUUGCCUGUGUCCUUAUGGCCAGAAACUACACCUGUACUAGCGACGAAGAGGAUUCAGUACUUAACUGUAAAAUGUGCUAACUCUUCUGAAAAAAGCUUCCAACCUGCGGAAACUUCAACAAAGUUGGCAUCCGAAUUUUCAAGGGAUCAGCUGCCAGGAAAACAAUUCCAGUCGGCGAGAAAACCCAGAUCUCCAAGUCUUUCUGCACCUUCAGUACCUCUUUUGGAUAAGGCUCCAGGUAAGGCCAGACCUGGUCAGUACUCGAAGCUCGCUUCAAGGGAGGUCCAGGGUUCUCCAGGAGCAUGUGAGCAACCAUCUCGUACUCGUUCUUAUUUCAGCAAGGGACCAGAAUCCUCACUGUCAGGGCUAUCAGAGUCAAAGCUCUGGUCUAUGCUUAAUGAUUGUUCAAAGCAGCGUAAUUGGCGUGUCGCGCUCGAUGUGUUCGCAGCUAUGAAACAAGCAGAAGGGUUCAAAGCAAAUAUUCGCAUUUAUUCCCGGAUGAUCCGCAUUUUGGCUAAAGCCAACCAGCCCCAACGAGCUCUUCAACUAUUUGAUGAAAUGAAAUCUGUUGGUUUUGAUCCAGAUGUCUAUGUCUUCACCGCCCUUCUUGAUGCGUACGGGCGGGCUGGUAUGCUUGAGAAGGCAGUGUCCGUGUUUCAAAAGAUGAAAGAAACUCCUUCUUGUAAACCCAAUGCUACCACAUAUGGCUGCAUGAUGGCUGCACAUGGACGAGCCAGACAGUGGGAGAAGAUUGAUGCAUUGUUUAGCGAAAUGGUAGCAUUAGACUUGAAAUUGUCUGGCCCCAUAUUCAAUGUUGUCAUUGGUGCUUAUGGAAAAGGAGGUCUCUGGAACAAAAUGGAAGAGGCAUUGGAUGCUAUGAUUGCUGCAGGUUAUACCCCUGAUACUUUCACAUAUAACACUAUGAUUGAUUCAUAUGGUAAAGGAUCUCAACACAGAAGCAUGGAAAAAACUUUUGAAAGAAUGCAAUCUGCAGGUUGUCAAGGGGACAUCCUGACUUAUAGCUCACUCAUACACGCGUACAGAAAAGGGGGCCAGUUUGAAAAGAUGGAUAAGAUCUUGGAACAGAUGCAGCUAGCAGGUUGUAAGCCGGAUGUGACAGCCUACAGCCUUCUUAUUGAUGUUUAUGGCAAGAGAGGAAUGUUGAAGAAAAUGGAGGCUACCUUGCAGGAAAUGCAAGAGGCUGGAUGCAAAGCCAACAUUGUGACAUACACAGGUAUGUUAGAUGCCUAUGGAAAAGCAGGGAAGUAUGAGGAAAUGGAGCGAGUUUGGAAGAUCAUGAAGGAUUUGAACCUUCAGCCUGAUUAUUCUGCCUUUGUUGCAACAAUCAGUGCAUAUGGCCGGUGUGGUUUAUACGACAAAAUGGAGGCUAGGUUUCAGGAACUCGAGGAAGCUGCUAAGGAAAUGCCUUUCGGUGGACCAAGGCUUGGCACAGCUGCUUACAAUGUCAUCAUUGAUGCUUAUGGCAAAGGUAAACUUAUCGAUCAGAUGGAAUCCGCACAUGAGGCCAUGCAAAAUACUGGUUAUCGUCCUGACGUGAUCACUUACAGUGCAUUAAUCAACGCUUAUGGGAAGGCAGAGUUACUGGAGAAGAUGGAUUCCACGUAUGUGAUGAUGCGCGUGAAGGGAGUAUUUCCCAAUGAACACACUUAUAGUGCUUUGAUCGACGGCUAUGGCAAAUUAGGAAUGGUGGGAAAAGCUGAAGCUGUACUAGAUGAGAUGCUCAAGGCUGGAAUAAAGAUGAAUGUGGUUGCUUACACGUCCAUUAUUAAUGCCUAUGGAAGCGCGAAAAGGUUUCAGGACAUGGCAGUACGGUUUAGUGCUUUGAAGGAAGCGGGGACUGAGCCGAGCUGUGAAACCAUUGGUGUUCUGCUCACUGCAUUGUGCUCUUGCCGCUUGCUCGAGGACGUUUCAGCACUUCUGAAUUGUAUACGGAACUGUGAAGGCUUUGGUGUCAUUGCAUGGCUACUAGAGGAAAGCGCAGAGAGCCUGGGUGAUAAAUUUUUAUGGGUUGAAGCUACGGUCCUUUUUGACGCAUUGCAGUCCGAGGGGACUGCAUCACGACUGGUUCUGUAUGAUUCUUUGGUUGAAGCACUGUGGUGUUUUGGAUGGAGAGGUCGUGCCUGGAAAGUGCUCAUGGCUGGACGAGAGCGGGAUGUGUUCCCUCAGGCAAGAGUUGUGGCGGAUGAGGAACUCUUACUUGAUCUUCAUCUUCUAUCUGUAAACGUAGCCCAAGUGAUGCUCGUCUCUUGGCUUUCUGAAAUGGAAUCUACGUGCAUCAAAGAAGACACUCCUUAUGAACAGGUUACUGUUAUAACGGGCUGGGGAAGGCGUAGUAAAAUAGAGGGAGAUUCACCUCUGAAGGCAGCGGUUACCGCAAGGCUUGUAUCUAUGAACAGUCCAUUCAGGAUACCCAGGGAGAAUGCAGGACGUUUGGUAGCACCCGUUGAUCAGGUCUGUCGAUGGCUGUCAACCGAGAGGUUGAGUAGCCACCUUUCUCUGGAAGAUGUUGGUGUCCCUGGUCCGAGCCACUUAAUACCAACUGUAUAGUUGUCUAUGGAUGAACUUUAUGUGCCGCAGAACAUGCAAUCUCAGUCUUCGUCUCCUUCACCUCAAACAAGGAGGUACGCUGAUCACCACACUUGUCAGUAUCCUCUGGAUAUUGUGCGAAUCGCUGUGCUGGUUUAUGGGGGACGACAACUACGUUUUCUCAUCCAAGUUGUUAAGGAAGAUUCUCAUCGACGCUGCUAAAUUUGCCAACGCAGUUUGUUAGCAUUCUGCAUCUGUUGCCCUUCACGUUAAGCCUUUCAUGAGUGUCGUGACGAUAGAACUUGCAAGUUCGUGAACACCGUAAUGUAAAUAGUAAUUAUUUACUUCAUGGUUGGGAGACUGGUCUAGAAAAAUGUGGGAAUUUCAGCUGUCAGGUUGUCUACAAAAGCGACUUAAAUCUGUAACAUGUAUCACUUUGUAUUAUCACUGCGUUGUCUAGUUUGUGACCUUAUGAAUUUGCUUUCAAGCAUUCUGCCUUCA